UCUAGACCCCAAUCUGUCUUUCCAACCCAAUCGGCCAGACUCAUCCACCUCACCAACCGCACCGUAUCCGCCACCACCCCAUCUGUCAUUCCCUCCACUGACCUCCACUCAGUGUCCUCCACCCCCCUCUGUCAUCCCUCCACUGGCCUCCACUCAGUGUCCUCCACCCCCCUCUGUCAUCCCUCCACUGGCCUCCACUCAGUGUCCUCCACCCCCCUCUGUCAUUCCCUUCACUGGCCUCCACUCAGUGUCCUCCACCCCCCUCUGUCAUUCCCUCCACUGGCCUCCACUCAGUGUCCUCCACCCCCCUCUGUCAUU